UCUUUUCCUCUCUCUCUCUCUCAUAUAUAUAUUUUCUGUAGCUUGACCCUCGCGCGUCGUGAACGGUGGUGAGCUGAAGCCCACGUCGUUCCCACGGUCGCCACCUUGCAGCCGCAUGCUCGCACCUCCGGCCAUCCUCUAGGUUCGGAUCCUCCUCCUCCUCCCAGCUGCAAUCUCUCACAUUUCAUCGCCGCCGAUCUCCUCUGCAUCACAAACAUGGUGGCCACCGAAGGCGACCCCGACCAACAACACAAGAACAACGUUAACCCCUUCUCGUCUCUUGGAAGACAAUCCUCCAUCUACUCCCUCACUCUCGAUGAGUUCCAGCACACCCUCUGCGAGAGCGGCAAGAACUUCGGCUCCAUGAACAUGGACGAGUUCCUCACCAGCAUCUGGACGGCGGAAGAGAACCAAGCCACCACCACCAACACCACCGCCGCCGCCGCCGCCACAACCACCAACAACGCUACUACCGCUAACAAUAUCAGCAGCCAUGUCGUUUUAGCGAAGCAGCCGAGCUUGCCACGACAAGGCUCCCUCACGCUUCCCGCACCGCUGUGUAGGAAAACGGUAGAAGAAGUUUGGUCUGAAAUCCACGGAGAUCAGAACAAUAGUAAUAGCGAUAACAAUAAUGGCGAUGAUGUUCACAAUUCCGAGUCUGCCCCUCGCCAGCCGACUUUUGGAGAGAUGACUUUGGAGGAUUUUCUGAUAAGGGCAGGGGUAGUGAGGGAACAAUCAUCAAUGUUGCCAGCUUCUCAAACCCAAACCCAAACCCAGCAGCAACAGUUCGGCGUGUACCAGAAAACCAACCCGGCUGUGCGUCCCACUUUUGUCAACAGGCCUAUGAUAGGAUUGAGCGGUGCUGCAGAGUCAUCAGGGUAUGCAGGAAACAGCAAGAGGAGUACAGGUGGAGGUGGGUACCCGCCGCAGCCGCAGCCGCAACCACCGCCGCCGUUGGCGGUUUGUUUUGGUGGGAGGGUAAUGAAUGGGGGCGGGGGAUAUGGCGCGGCGGCGCCGGCAAUGGGAGUGGUGGCGCCGGUGAGUCCAGUGUCUUCUGAUGGGAUGUGCACAAGUACUCAGAUUGACAACUCAGCAAGUCAGUUUGAGUUGGACAUGGGAGGGCUAAGGGGAAGGAAGAGGAUCAUAGAUGGUCCGGUGGAAAAGGUGGUGGAGAGGAGACAGAGAAGGAUGAUCAAGAAUAGAGAGUCGGCGGCCAGGUCUAGAGCCAGGAAACAGGCGUACACAGUUGAACUAGAAGCGGAAUUGAACCAAUUAAGAGAAGAGAAUGCCAACCUUAAACACUCUCUGGAAGAGAUUGAGAGGAAAAGAAAGCAACAGUACUUUGAGGAAACGAAAACGAAAGCCCAAACCAAGGCUCAAAAGGCAAAAGAGAGACUGAGGCUUUUGAGAAGGAAUCUAAGUUGCCCAUUGUGAAGUAAAAAAGAUGUGCAAGGAGGGAGUAAAAGUGGAAGCCAUGACAGAGGAAUAAUGAAAACAACAAAGGUCAGACCAGCGUACGUAGGAAAGGCUAACAGAUGAUGAGGGUGAUGAUGAGAAGAAAUUCGAUCAUAUUUUCAUGGUGGGGUUUGGAUAUCAUGACAUAGGAUUAAUUAGCUUAAAAUUGAGACUAUAUAUUAAUCACUAGAUAUAUGAUUAAUGUAUAAAAGCCAGCUGCUACACCUAGUACUGCAUGCUGAAGUCGUUACACGUUUGUAUUAAUUCUUACUGUCUUUUUGAAGCUGGCAGACCAGUGUAUGCUCUUAUAGUUCUUGCUGCCUUGUAAUUUGUACAUCUUUGCUCUUGUUUUUUUCUCUGUCGAAGCCUCCCAGGAUGGAUGGUAUAUAUAUAUAUAUAUACACAUCUAUAAACAUAGAUUUCC